AUGAUGGAGAUCCUACAACCUGGUGAAGAAGAGAUUUCCGGUCUGUACUCAUACUCCUUGGGCGGGACUUCUGACCAGAAGUUGAAGAUGCUCGGUUCUGCCAUGGUUUACAGCAGCAACACGGACCUACAGAGAUGGUGUCGAGGUUACGUGAACGGCUUUACAGAUGACCGGGGGGCAUGUAUGUAUCCCCGAGGUAGCUUCUAUGAUAUCCAGGUUGCAUCAAACGUAUAUGACUGCGCGGAGCAAUGUUUCGAACGGUGGUGGUGCACCGGUUUCAACUUCAAAGACGGGAACGAUUGGCGGAAUGAGUUUGAUUUUCGGCGGGGAGCAUGUCAGAUGAUGCAGGUCUUGAUGCCCUGUCAUACCAGUGUGACCAACGUAUCUUCGUACGCGUUUCAGCGCGAACACAUUGUAACCACAACGAAUCAGCACGAACACAUUGUAACCACAACGAAACAAGCCUUUCUGGUGGCCUCCAAUGACAGAGUUGGGGCUGCAGUGCCAGCCGCCCCCUUGCUGGCUGUGCUGUCUGGUGGUUUAGUCGUGAUUGCUACGCUUUUCUUGGCUUGCGCUUGGAAGACGCGGGCUAGCCAUCUUCCAGAAAAGCCUGACGUUUCGGGGCAGGUGCUGCUAGGACGGACUCCACCGCUGAGCCAUAAGGGCGAGACCAAGGCUUCAACGGCUCCGGCCAGAAUAGCCGCAGUCCAUGAGGUGCAGUUGGGAAUUUCGGCCACCUACCUGCUGGAGCAUUUCCCAUCUGAAGCGCAGCAAGCCACAGGCUUGAGCAAUCCAAAUUUCUACGAGAUGUGCCCUAUUCUGGCCCUUGGAGAGAAAGGAAAAGGCUUUGGGAAGAUUUGCCCACGCGAUGGUAGGCCGAAUUGCAGCAUUGUGGAUGCUUUGCCUCUGGAACAUCGCUCUCCCACAACUCAUUUUGUCUCCUGGUGCUGGCACUAUACCCUGGAGGUGGUGGUGAGCGGCGUUCAGCUGUGGGCACAAUCUUCCGCUUCACAGACAGCGGAGGUGUUCUUGUGGAUGUGCUUCUUUUGUAACAAUCAGUAUCGAAUCCAGGACGGCACUUGCAGCAACUCCAAUGACCUCAGCGCGGUCUUUGAAGCACGUUUGUCCAGUGCAAGGAACAUGCUGGUGAUCUUGGACACCUUCCUGACGCCACAUUACUACAAGCGGGCCUGGUGUUUGUUUGAGACAUUCAUUUGUUUGAGGAAGGACUUCCCGAUGACCGUCAUACUGCCUCCUAAGGAGUUGACCACUUUCAAACAAGUACUGGAAACCUCUCCUUGGCGCGUCCGAGACAGUUUCCUGCAGAUUGACUUGGAGAACGCAGAAGCUUCCGUGGAAGCAGAUGCAGUGGCUAUCAAAGACUUGGUCCGCAGCUCUUGUGGGUUUGAUGUGGUGAAUACGAUGGUCAAGGAAGAGUUUAUGUCAUGGCUCAUGCGCGCGUUCCAGGAAUAUGUCAAAGGAACAAUCCAGGCAAAUGAUUAG